GAACAUGGCGAUCCACUGUAGCAGAAUAUGCCUACAAUAUUUGAUACAUCUGGCCCAAGACAAUGUUGACUUCAGGCUACCUGAGAUUAGGUCGCUGCUGUCCCUCAGGGGCAAACCGUUUGAUCCAGGUGAAAACUUCAAAGAAAAGUCUCCAUUCUGGCGCCUGAAUGGCUUGUCAGAGGAAGAUGUCAACAGCAUCAUGGCCAGAACUGUUUGUGCAAAGUCUGCAUUUGAGCUGUGGGGUCAUGGCAGAACGCACAGUGAACUCAGGAACUCGCUCUUGAAAUAUCCAACAGAGAACAUGUCACCCUUCCUACAGAAAGACUCAACAUACAAAAUCAAUGUCUACACUUUCAACAAGACUCUAGAUUUCGAAGAUAGAAUUAAGAAGAUCGAUGCAAUGGAAUAUCUCUCCUUUGAGGGAAGGGUCAAUCUAAGGAACCCUAAACACAUCUUCUGUCUGUUGGAGGACUAUGGAACUGACCCUAACAACAUCCCAGACGAGCCCCUCUACAUCUACUUUGGGAGAUGGAUUGCAGAUGGCCAGCGUGAGUUGAUUCGCUCUCACAGUGUGAAGAACAGGCACUUCAUAGGUAACACCAGUAUGGACGCUGGGUUGUCUUUUAUCAUGGCCAACCACGCCAGGGUCAAAGCUCACGACCUGGUCUAUGACCCCUUCGUUGGGACUGGUAGCCUCCUGGUUGCAUGCUCUCAUUUUGGUGCAUAUGUCUGUGGAACGGAUAUUGAUUACAACACCAUCCAUGGGAUAGGAAAAGCGAGUCGUAAGAACCAGAAGUGGAGGGGUCCAGAUGAGAACAUCAGAGCCAACCUGCGUCAGUACGGCUCAGAGAAGCUGUAUGUGGACGUCCUUGUGUCUGACGCCUCCAAGCCUAUCUGGAGGGACGGAGUGCUCUUUGAUACCAUCAUCACUGACCCCCCCUAUGGGAUUCGGGAGUCAACCAGGAGAACAGGCUCUCAGAAGGACAGUGUAAACAGUGUGAAGCCAUCUGAAGACUACGUUGGAGACAGCCAUGUCCCCGUUUCCAUGGCCUACCACCUGAGUGACAUCUUCACUGACCUGUUAAACUUCUCAGCUCUCCACCUGGUCAUCGGGGGGCGGCUAGUCUACUGGCUACCAAUCUACAGGCCAGAGUACUGUGAAGAGAUGGUGCCCCUGAAUGCCUGUCUCAGACUGGUCAGUAACUGUGAACAGACCCUUUCCAGCCACACCUCCAGACGUCUCAUCACCAUGGAGAAGAUCAAGGAACCAGAGGAGACAGAUGCGCUGGCCCACCUGUCAGACCAUCACUUUAGCCCAUACCAAGGCCACAACGCCUUCAGGGAGAAGUACUUCAGCGGCAUCAGCAAGAGGACAUUGACAGGAAAGGAGGAGACCAACAAGAUGGCUGCCAACGGUAGGGAGUGAUGUAAGGAUCACAGGAUGGCCCAAUUCAAAAUGGACCCCUAAGCCAGUAUGCAACUGUGCAGAGGAUUUGACCGGUGCAAUCAAUAUGAUAAUAACUCCACCUUGCUGUUUGAUAGGCUAGAUGGAAGUUUCACCAUAUUGCAUAUACAAAUCAAAUUCUCACAGAUCUGCACAAGUGCAUUAGCUGAAGGUUCUAGGGGUCCAUUUAUGAUUGGUCCGAUACCUGCCUAUGGUUUACAAUGGACUCCAUGGGGACAUAGGGCUCCCUGUUUUAAAUGUCUCAUUUUCUAUUCAAAUAUGUUUUUUAUUAUUUGAUGUUUAUUGCCCUUUGUGUAAUAAUGAAUGUGAAUUGUGAACGAAUAAACACCAUUUUAAAAUGUAUUUAUUUAUUGGAUGCAGGAGAUUUAAGGGCUCUCAAUGUUCUACAUCUUUCUGUGUUAUGUUUUGUUUUAUCCCAGCAAGCACAUUAUCAGAUUUGAUUGAAGAGGGCCCUAAGUGUCCAGAGAACUGUUUAAGGGCUUUACUUUCAGACAGCUGUAUCCAUGUACUAGAGGGCAUUUAGAUAACAGUUUGACAGUAUCCCUGCAAGAUUCCAGACGAGACGAGGGACAAACUUGUUUCUCAGAAGUCGUUUCUCAAGCUUUUAUAUCCGGACAUUUAAAGAAACUAACAGUUCCUUAUUGUAAGACACUCAGAAUAACAGUUUCUGAAGUGCCAGCCAUUGUUGGUUUGUUGUUUUGCCAUCUUUGGCAGAAUCUGAGACAUGCUCAACUGUGUGUUCUUUUAGUGAAGGUGUUGUUUAUCUAACGUUGGCUCUGAGAAGUGAUGCCAUCAUCUUGGCUACCCUGCAUGGUCCAAGCCUCGGGGGGGGGGGUGUCUGUGGGACUGAAGGAAAUACUUUUGUGGAGGGGGCCGUCUAUAUAGCAUGCCAUUUGGGACGCAGCCUGUAUCAUACCAGUCUACAUUUGACAAUAUGGCUAGAGUGAGAAGCAACCUAACUGUCUGUAGUUUCUGUCAGAAAUGUAGACUUCAUCGCCGCUGAAUCAGGGAGGAAUAACUUUUUAGAUGAUGUUAAUUUUACCUAGCUGCAGCGAUCAGGCUGGUUCCACCUGGUUUAAUGUGUUACCUGCUAAUUUGUCAAAUGUGAUUGACCUCUUUCAGUGGGUUAAGCAACCAUCAUAACUUUAUUACAGGGUUUAUAUGGUCAUGGAUUUUCAAAAUGGUGUUUCCCAGGCCUGGAAAAGUCAUGGGAAUGUAUUUAAUAAUUUGUUAAUUUAAUUUGUUUAGGCACAGUUUUUACAUAUUUUAUCAAUCAAAUAAAAAAAAUCUGAUUAUCAGCCAGGAUUGGAAUGACACUUGAGCGCGUCUGUGUUUGUUCAAGCGAACCGAAUGUGAAUCAAAAUAAUAAUUUGUGAAUCGCGAACAGUAAUUUUAGGAUAAAAGAUUAGAUGUAGCUUUACUUAUGGAUUAUUUGACUUCAAAACUUGUUUUGUAGAUACUUCCAGUUGAUUUGGGCAUCCAUCGUAUGGGACAUUGCAACUCAAUAGACGAUAGUCAGCAGGGGCGGACUGGGACCAGAAAUUGUCCCUGGCAUUUGUAACACAUCGUCAAUUUAUUUCCAUGAGGCCCCAAAACCGGCCCGUUUUCUUCCAUUGAGGCCCCCAUUAUUAGUCAGAUAAUUUAUACAUUUUCCACAAAAAAACUAGUUAGGCAGGCCCACUAGGCUAAAAAUGGACCAGCCAUGGCAGAUGGCUAGUCUGCCCAUGCUAGUCAGCCUGCAAAGUAAACAC